AUGUCGUCUUCUAUAUCACCUUUUUAUCGUCCUGGGGUUUUUCCCGCACUUUCCAACCGGCUCCUUUCCAGCGCAUCUCAAUCCCUUCGUCUUGCUAUUAACCAACAAAUUUAUAUCAAAGCUGUUUAUGGUAAUCCUUUACGAGUAACCGGUUUACCUUUAACUACUACAAAAGGAUUCACUUAUUUGAUAGCAGCGUCUUGGCAUCCAAAAAGAAAACGAACUGCUGUAAAUUCUAUAUCUGGCAGUGGUCACGCAUGGUGGAAAGAGCGUAUGAGAAUUGGUAAAGUAGAUGCAGGAGAGGAUGCUUUUUUCUAUGUUGGGACAAAUAACGGUGUAGCCUUAGGAGUAGCUGACGGUGUUGAUCCAGCUAAUUUCUCUUGGGCAUUAAUGGAUAAUGCUGCAAGUGUAGCAAAAGACAAUGCACCAGAUCUGUCGCCAUUUAUUGCCCCAUCUGGUUAUAAUGACAUAUUAGACGCUAAGCAGAUACUAAGUGGAGCGUUUGACAAUUUGAUAAAAAGAAUCCUUAAUGCAGCUACUUUGGGCGACUCAGCAUAUAUUCUCAUCCGUAAUGGUUCACUACUAUAUGAAUCUCCAUCACAACAACAUUUCUUCAAUUGUCCAUUUCAAUUAACUAUCGUGCCUGAAUCUUACCCUAACCAAAAGCUCUACUUUAAAGACAAGCCGAGCGAUGCUCAACAAACUAGCCAUCAGCUUCAAGAUGGUGACGUAAUCCUUCUAGCUACUGAUGGUUUUUUUGAUAAUGUGUUUGCUGAUGAGGCUGUUGAAAUGGUAAAUAAAGAGCUUCGUGAUGUCAUGGGUCAUGAUGGUAUGGUUCGUGAAAUGGAUCUUGAAAAGCUCCGAACUCAUGUUAGAAGACUUUCAAGAAGAUUAACAGAUACAGCGAGACGAUUUUCUAUCGAUUCAAAGAGAAUUAGUCCUUUUUCACAAAGCGCAAAACAAAAUGGAGAAAGUAGAAUUGGAGGGUUUGCUGGUGCAUUAGCGAUCAGUAUUCCCUAG